GAAGCUGAAACCAAAACUUUAAUUAAUUCCCAAGAAUUAUCAUGUCAAGAAUCUUACCAAAACAUAUCAUUCUUGCUUUUAUUGCAAUCUUGUCCUCAUCAGGCUUGCAUCCUUAUUCUUUGAAACUUCAAAAGACUCUGAAUAACCUUCUGCUCGGCAAGGUGUAUCGCUGCUACAGUAGCACUACCUGGAAAAUAGCUACAAUGGUGUGUGCCCAAAAUGGUCAAAACCUGGUCCAGUUACUGACUAAAGAUGAACAUAACUGGUUAGUAGACAGAGUGAAAUCAUCAAUUGCUAGAUUCUGGGUUGGUGGAAUUCAGUUUCAACAUCACUGGUACUGGAAAUAUCCAACAUGGAGGAUUCCGAUAAAAAAGAGCCGAUGGUUUAUAGACUUCAGGGAAGAUCAAAAAGUUGUUGCACAUGAAGAUCAUUUAGAUAGUCAAGGAACUUAUUCAAAACAACAUUUUAUUUGUGAGGAGAAUUAUUUUUCAAGGAAUGAUAUUUUCACUAAAGUAACUUCCCAUGAAUCCGUAGAGAAGCUGCUGUCAAAUGGUCGUGGUGGAGAAAUAGAAUGCGCAUCUAAAUGUUUGCUCACACACGAUUGUCAGGUGAUUGUCGUUAAGAGGGAUGGAACUUGUAAACUCUACAGUGUUGGUAGAGCAAACAGAAACAUUGACUGCAGGUCUGCAGGAAACCAAUGCUUUUAUAGAGACAAACCAAAAUACUGAUUAAAAGAAAAAACAGAAUUGUAAAAACAUUGCAAUCUAUUGAAUGUAUUUUUGUUUUUUGUUUAAUUUAAAAAUAAAGUUUACAUUCUUAUUUUGUGAGGUAUCUAUUUUCAAACUGCUUUGUAU